CCGGCAGGAAAUAGAUUCUGUGGGAGGUGCCGUAAUUACACCUUUUGCCCACAAGCGGCUGCUGUGGUGCCAGUAGAGAGGGCAGCUGGCUCCAGGCGGGAGCAACCAGCUGCCGAGAGAGAGGGAGGGAGCAGUGGCUGCCUUCUCACAGCGCUCUGCCUGCAAGGCCAGACUGAAUCUCAAAUCUUUCCUCAAACAACUGGAGGAGCAGAGACGAUGUGCCAAAAUUUAAAUAUUUCUCUCCUGGGGAAAAGUUGUGAUAAAGGCCAAUCUUUUUUGUCUGAAAUACCUGAGUCCCCAGCUACUUCAUCUUACAGGAAUAUCAUCCAAAGGAUUCAAGAAUAUUGUGGCCUAAAGCACUCACAAGAAAAAUUAUCUAACCAAGGAAUGGAAUAAAUGUGCAGUUAAUUAUAGGAAAGCAUUUUAUAGGAAGAAUGUAAAGACUUGUACUCCUUUUCUGUAUUGCAAAUAAAUAAUUUUUAAGUUAAUGUCCUUGCUUUAAUUUCCUGUUCUUGUUGUGUACAAUCACCAUAAUAUUUGAACACCAGCUAGUCCACCUGAUGUCUCAAAACUUUCUUUUAAGUUUAUAGAAAUAAGUCACUUAGUGCA